CUUCUUUCUUCCCCUCUUCUCCCAGUAUCUGUAGGGGAUAGGUUUUGAAGGAAGAAAACCUGAAUGGGGAUGGAGCUGUGGGCCAGUGGUGCAGAAGGUCCCAGGUUCAGUUCCUGGCAUCUCCAGAUAGGGCUGGAAAACACUCUUGCCUAACAACUUGAACAGCCACUGUCAUUCAGUAUAGACAUUACUGACCUGAAUAGUGUGGCUUGGUAUAAGGCAGCUCCUUAUUUAUUUUAUUAAAUUUAUAUACCACCUUUCAUUAAAAACAGUCCCAAGGUGGAAGGCCCUAGGGGGCAAUAUUCCCUUUCUGGAUCCCUUGCUAAGAGCUGUAUGGUAUCUCCAGUCUUGCUCUUCUUAAAAAACCCUUGUCCUGCACCUCAAAUGAACAUUGGAGGCUGGCUGAUAUUGAAUCAAACCAUUGGUCUAUCUACCCAAUGUUGUAAUUUUUAUCUUAUUUAUUUAACAUUUUUAUUCCACCCAAAAUUUACAUCUCUAGUAGAAGUUCUAGCAUGUGCUGUACCACUAAGAUAUGCCUAUGCCUCUGGUGAUCUCUCUUGUUGUGCUUCUGAGGAGCAAUGGGGUCCUUUAUUUCAGGCAAAAAGCUCUUCUGUGACUUUGUAAAACUUGACAGAGCAUGGAAAGAUGUGCGUACAAACAAAUAAAAACCUUACUAGCAAUGAGAAAUUAACUGGCAGCUAGUGCAUCCAUUUUGUAGAAUGAGAAUUUGGCUGUUCUCCUCUUCAUUUUUGUGCUCAUAGUAAUAUGCAGAUAUUGGGUGUGAUCCCAAACUGCCCUUCUGUUAGCAGAAAGCCUCUUUUGUUCAUGAAAGAGCUGUUUUCCACUUACCAGAGCAGCAUUGCAUGAGGAAUGAUCCCAAAUCCUGAUAAUUUUUGUUUGUAUAAGGUCAUGUGUAAGGCUUUGCACUAGCUUCAAGACCUUUAAUGACCCACUACAGUUUGUAUGGCACAGCCUGUACUUUUGUUGCUUCCCAUACUGUGUAACAACCCUGUAGUUCCCUACUGCACAAAGUCUUUUGCUAGCUCUUAUUCAAGAGUGCAAACAGUACUAAUACAGGAACGGUACUAAUAUCUUUUCUCCUACUCAUGGUUCUUUGGAUCCAAGCCAUAACUCUUAUAAAAAGGUUUGAAGGGCCUUUUACAGACAAGGUGCAGUCCAUGGUGCCACUAUCAAGACUGUGAAUCUGGAAAAAAUGUGUAUAUGUGUAGAAUGGAACGAGAAUAGCAGUAUCAAAGGGAAAGAGAUUGACCUUGAUGAUGUGGUAGCAAUAAAUCCAGAGCUGUUUUCAACACCAGUAGCUGUUGAUGGAAAAGAGAGCUUUCCUGUCCGGGAGAAUGUAAUAACACAGAGACAAAGUCGCAGAACAACUCUCUCAAAAAUUCCUGCUCCAAGAGAAGCAUUGAGAUUCCAAACUAGCAAGAUGUCUGUAAUAGCAGAAUCGCAAAACAGCCCUCUGGAAAAUGAAAUGGAGGUAGAAUCCCCUGCUUCUGUACCAGCACGAAGUCAUUCUGCUCUUCCUGUGGUACGAGCUCGAUCUAGGAAUAGUUAUUCAGCUGACAGAUGUAACAUACAAUCAAAUUGCAAUGAAAUGACAGAAGAACCUCCAUCAGCUCUCAGAAUUGUUUCCUCUGCAAGUCAAGUGCGGAGAAAAUCUAACCUUGUGAAAGAGAUGGAAAAAAUGAAAAGCAAAAGAGAAGAGAAAAGAGCCCAAUUCUCUGAAUUAAGAAACAAGCGAGCACAGGAAUUUGACAGUAGUUGCCCAAACUGGGAAUUUGCACGCAUGGUUAAGGAGUAUAGAGCCACUAUUGAUUGCCGGCCAAUAUCGAUGAAUGACCCAAUUGAAGAGCAUAGAAUUUGUGUCUGUGUAAGGAAACGGCCCUUAAAUAAACAAGAACUUGGAAAGAAGGAAUGUGAUAUAAUCACUGUUGUCAGCAAGAACAGCAUCCUAGUGCAUGAGCCAAAGGUGAAGGUGGAUCUGACGAAAUACCUUGAAAACCAACCUUUCCGAUUUGACUUCUCAUUUGAUGAAAAAGCUUCCAAUGAAAUGGUCUAUUGGUUUGCUGCUAGACCACUUGUACAGACCAUCUUUGAGGGAGGGAAGGCUACAUGUUUUGCCUAUGGUCAGACUGGCAGUGGAAAAACCCAUACCAUGGGAGGAGAUUUCUCUGGAAAAGUGCAGAAGGCCUCCAAAGGAAUAUAUGCUUUUGCAUCACAGGAUGUCUUCCUCCUUCAGAACCAGCCACGGUACAAGGCUCAAGGUCUGGAAGUAUAUGUGACCUUCUUUGAAAUAUAUAAUGGAAAGCUGUUUGAUCUCUUAAACAAAAAAGCCAAGCUACGAGUGUUGGAAGAUGGCAAGCAGCAGGUCCAGGUGGUUGGACUACAAGAAGUUAAAGUGAACUGUGCUGAUGAUGUUAUCCGAAUGAUUGAUAUAGGCAGUGCCUGCAGGACAUCUGGACAUACGUUUGCAAACUCCAGUUCUUCGCGCUCCCAUGCUUGCUUUCAAAUUAUUCUGCGCAGAAAAGGAAAGCUUCAUGGCAAGUUUUCCUUGGUGGACUUAGCUGGGAAUGAGAGGGGUGCAGAUACAUCCAGUGCUGAUCGACAAACACGGAUGGAAGCAGCAGAAAUAAACAAGAGCCUACUGGCUCUGAAGGAAUGUAUUCGUGCUCUUGGUCAGAAUAAACCACAUACACCUUUUCGGGAAAGCAAACUCACCCAGGUGCUGAGAGACUCCUUCAUUGGAACAAAUUCCAGGACCUGUAUGAUUGCAAUGAUUUCUCCGGGCAUGAAUUCCUGUGAAUACACCCUGAACACCCUGCGGUAUGCUGACAGAGUGAAAGAGCUUCCUCGCAAUGGAACUGCUGGAGAGGCACAGAAUUGCAUGGAAACUGAGAAUGAAGAACUGGAGAUCAGUGAAGAAGGAUUAUUAGACCAUCUUCAUGAGCAGAUGUCGGAAGAUGAGCUGUCUCCUCAUCUAUCCAGUUUCCGUGAGGCUGUUACUCGGAUUAGUGAACUAGAGGAGAAGGCAAUAGAAGAGCUUAAGGAAGUCAGGCAGAAAAUGAACGACUGUAACUAUCUCCUGGAAAUGGCGGAACAACCAGAAUAUGACAUGGAGGCAUUUGUGUACCAAGCCCAGUGCUUCAUACGUGAAGGAUCCAAAAGUUUCCUCAGUCUGAAAGACACUAUGGAAGAACUAACCCUUACCAUGCAGAUGGAAGAGCAAGCCAGCAAGCACCUGAAUAAGAGGCAUCUUCAAUAGCCAUCCAAUUGUUAAAUGAAUCUCUCUUUUUUUCUCUGUAUUUGUCUGUCACUUCUUUGAUUUGGUGUUGCAUCAUUUUAAAUGCAUGUGGAAAAUCCAGCCUAUCCAACUUGAGGGUUCAAAAGGAGAUGGGCUGCCACCUUCUGAGGCAUGCAAAGGGCAGCAUUCGCCCAGUCUGUGGCAUUUGGGGGACUAUUGCCCUUUUUUCAGUACUGAAGGCUGCAGGAGGAGGGUGCUCUAGUUUCACUUGGAAAGCAUGUGUAUUUUUGUAGUGUAAACAAAAUCUUGCUAAAUAUUUUUGAGUGUUACAGUUGAGUGCAAUCUAAGUGAAUCUAAAUACUGGAUUUGCUGUUGUGUAACUCCUAACACAGAAAAAGGGUAGUUGAACUUGUUUAUAAAUAAAUCUUCUGAAUUCAUUAA